ACACGGAUAAAUUUGAAACUGUUAAACAUGGCUCUCAAUUCGCUUGCUAAGCUGAUGGAAAUGAUAGAAUCCCAUUCUACCAAGCUACAAUUCCCCUCCACGGGAAAUUUCAAGUAUAACUACGUCAGAAAAAGACUUUUUGCUAUAUUUCAAGAGACGCAUAUUAGGAAACUGCGUGGCAUGCUCUCGUGGACCAAGUCUGACACCGUUGAGGUGGUUGUCUUUGGAGAACAUGCUGCUGGACUGGCUUCUCAAAUCGAAUCAGAGGGAUUCAAAAUCGUAAAAGCGUUAAAACCAGAAAAAGACAUACCACGACUGUUCAUUUUUGCACCAGAAAUAUUUCCCACAAAAGAGGACGUAGAACUUUUACAACUGGUGUUGAAUCAGACAAAUAAUGAAGCAUGCUCUUUGGUGGCUGUUGCAUUGACUACGGAUGUUAUCAGUCGGAAAGGGCGCCUGGUAACAAAAGAAGAUAUUGUCAAAGAGAUUUUACUGGAAUGGCCCGCUGGUCAUGUUAUACUGACAAAAGCACUGGAUGCUAUAUCCAGUGAUAUUUUGUUUUGGAAUAACGAAAGAGAUAUUACAGAAAAGGUGUUUCUUUACAUGAUGGAAGCUGUAGACAACGCCAUGACGGACUUCUUGAAAGUUGUUCAAAAUUUGAUUGCUGGCUUGGAAUAUGUGUUGGAAGAAAAGUGCAAUCUAGAGUCUAAAAUACAGCAAUAUUUACAUUCAAAUCGCGAGAAAAUAGACCAAUGUGCAACCACACUUGUUCUGAAGGAUCACCGCGGCGGAUUAAUUCAUAGAAGAAGGUCGUACUUUGUUCAAAACAAGGAAACGCUCGCUAACUUUACAAUGCAGAUAACAAAGAAACUCACUGAAAUGAUGGGCAUAGAUUUGAUUCAUCUUUCCGGUGAAAGUCAAUGCGGGGCAGAGGCUAAGCUCAAUAUGGAAAAAGUCAUGGCUUCAUUCAUGAAACAUAUACCGAAACCUGGUCCUUGGCUCUAUCCAAGUUUGCCACAGCCUGUGUAUGUAAAUGGGGAAAGCUUCCGAAAAAUGGUCGCACUGGACUUUCACAAUGACGUCACAAAACAGAGCGACAACAUCACACGAACAUUGCUUUCUUUCAUUUACCAGUCGGACCCCGAUGAUGACGAUGACAGACCAAAAGCUGAAGACUUUGAAAAACUCAGAAUUUUGCAUCUAGAAAUGAAUAAACUAACCUCGAAGAUAAAAAUAUACAGAAACCCACACGCUGCAUCUCUGCGUCAAGUCCCGAUUAUUCCAGAUCCGGUGAAGGCAGAGUUACACAAAAAGCCCUUCAUUAGAGCGUUUGGCAUCAUCUUUGGCAAGCUCCACAUCUUCGUUCAAGCGGAUCUAUGGCGCCAAGAAGAAGAAAAACGUCUCAUAAAAAGCGAAAUUGAACGUAUUGUAUCCGAUGAUGAAUUCUGCCAAUACUUCUGUAUUGUGGAGUGGUCUCCAAAUUCAAAGAUCACUCCCUAUGGUUUUGGCGUGGGAUCGAUGCUGUCCAUGAGGCAAGAUAGAAAUCCCCCGUUCGGUACACUGGGGUGUUUCGCGUUUGUUGACGGGGUGGUCCGAGAGGUUUAUGCUCUCACUUGUGAACACGUGGCUAGAAAGUGCAAGUUUGUUGAGAACGAAAACGGUUUUCUUCAAGUAGGCCAGAUUGCAUAUUCGAAACCAGCCCAAUCGGUAGUCUCGCAAGUGGACAUACCUCCCUCAGAUCUGGUCGACAUUGCCUUCAUUCGAUUAAGUGCUGAGGCAAGAAGAGCGUAUGAAGGGGUUUUCAUGGUACGUGGUGAACCACACGAUUGCAGGUUGUUUACGGAUGGUUUGGAAUCUCUCCAUGGCGAAAGAGUUCACAAAAAUGGCGCGGCUACUGGAUAUACCGAGGGGAUCGUUGUUGGUACUCUUCACAUGAAUGGUAUGUUUCAACGCUUUUCCAACCUUCUGUUGGUGAAAUCAGUGGGCAACAAGCCUUUCUCGCUGGAUGGCGACAGUGGUAGUGUGGUCGUUAUGAAGUCGGAUUGUGCCCCGAACUCCUUGUUGGCAGUUUCGAUGAUCUAUGGUGGACUGGAUAUAAGGGAUGGGCCAAUGACGAAAGAAUCUAAAGUUUCAGUAACAUUUGGCCUGUGUAAAGCUAUAACGGACGCCGAGUUCCAACUUCAAAGACGUUUUCGGCUUCAGCCAAGCCCAUAACCUGCUGCAAAAAACAUUUCAUCUUCCGCAAGUUUGUAAAGUCAUUGCCAUUUGGGCAUUUUCUUGAACAUCAAUGAUACCGACUUUUUAGUUGACAUUUUAUUUUUGUCUGUGACACACGUCAAAAUAAAUGUUUUUAAGUAAAGGGGGUCAUACAUAUGUCUCGAUUCAUUUGUAUGUAUAUGUUGAGUAGAAUGUAUGUACAGAACACGUUUUUAAGUUUACGUCCUAUUUGAUACGUCAAAAGUAAGUGAAAAAAUGACAAAACUCUACGCACUAAAACAUUUUCAGAUUGAUUGUAAGCUAUUC